AUGAGCGACACCUUCACGAAAUACACUAAAUUGUAUCCCAUUCGCAAAGCUACCAGUGAAGUGGCAAUACAAAAAUUAGACGAAUUUGCAAAAGAAAUUGGCGCACAACAAAAAGUUCUUUCAGAUCAAGGUACUCAAUUCACCAGUUACAAGUGGCGCCAAGCUCUGGAGCAACGGAAAAUGAAAAUGAUAUUGACAUCAAUAAAGCAUCCACAGGCUAAUAUAGUCGAAAGAGUUAAUAGAGAACUCGCUAGGCUUUUUCGAACCCUCAUACCCCCAGAUCAAUAUAGUGGAUGGUACCGACAACUGGAAAAUAUCGAAACAGUAAUUGACGAAUCACAUCAUGAUACAACUGAAAUCACGCCAUAUGAGGCCAUGUGGGGACGCAAGCCUAGGAGAUGGUGA